AUGGGUUCAGACGAUUCAGAAUUCAUAGUGAGUAAAUUGCAAGACGAAAUACCAUUAUUCGAUCAUUUCACCACUGCAGAACAGCGCGAGACUGCUGAAACCCUCGCCGACAUAUACUCUUUGAUAAUCGCUCUGGAUCAUGUUGAAAAGGCCUAUCUUAGGGACAGCCUGUCUGGUGAAGACUAUACAGUGAUUGCCAACAAACUCUUGACGCAGUAUAAGGUAUAUCUCUCAAAUGAACAGGUUGCAAAGGAGUUUGGGGAUUUACAGGAAUUUAAAGACAAAUACAGCAUCAAUGCCUCUAAUGCGAUUACUCGAAUAGAGCGCGGAAUACCUGUAACCGUGGAACAUGCAAUCCAAGGCGGAGAUAGCAAGGACUCAACAUCCCUUGGCAACUCAAAGUUCGGAGGUAAAGCGGUGGCAGAAGCAACUGGGAACUUUAUCACGACGAUGGAUGCUUUGAAACUAAACUACCGUACUAAAGACCAACUCCAUCCUCUCAUGUCCGCAUUGCUGCUAAGUGUAAAUAGAGUCAGCUCCCAGGAUUUUGAGCAACGCAAAAACUUGGUCCAGUGGAUUGUGAAGAUCAACAAAAUGAAGGCCGCUGAAAAAUUGUCCGAAGACGAUGCUCGCGAAUUGCUAUUCAGUCUCGACGCGGCAUACAAGAGUUUUUACACGCUUUUGGAAUAG